UUUUACAUCACUAGUACGAACGCGAACGCGAUUUUUGUGAUGGAUAAAAACAAAGUCCCGUAUAAAUUUAUGAAAACUGUGUAAAAAUGCAGCAAAUGAAUCAGAAAAUUAUUACUAAAUUCUGCAUUGAUUGAGAACUAACAAUUUGGAAUGCAUAAUUAGUGUGACAAAGCAAAAUUAUUUCGAAACGGGCAAACAAAAAGCAUUAAGCAGCACUUGACAACAGGAAAAUUUGAAAAAAUAAAUAAAAUAAAAAAUUACUAAAUAAUAAUAACAAAGAGAAGAACUUUAAAUAAGAGUAAUCCGCUCAACAUUUCGCCAUUUACACGAAUAAAAUUGAGCGUAAUUAUCCAAAUUGCACUUUACAAAGAACUUGCAAAUAAGAGAAGGAAAGAGAUAGAGGAUUGAGUAAAGAGUAGCACCGGAAGAAAGCAAAUAUCCAUCCAAAAGUAACAAACACACACACACAGAGGGAGAGACAGCGAAAGCCCCGGCAGCAGCAGCAGCAGCUGAAUAAAUAAAUCAUAAGCUCGCAGAACGCUUAAAGCUCAGCUUCAACCUGGCGAAUCGCAACGGCAGCAAUAACAACAACAGAGCCGAUGCCGCCGCUGGUGGCGCUGCCGCUGUAGCCGCCGCUGGCCGCAACAAUAACAAUAAUGCAGCUGCCGCUGGUGGAGCUGCUGCUGGAGGCGCUGGCGCCGAUGCAAAUGCGGCCAACGGCGGUGGCGGCGGCAACGAGUGGAAUCCCGAGGAAAUGGAUCGUUUCAGCUUUGACGACUCCAUACGCUUCGAAGAGGAUUCUCUCUGCAGCUGGAGCUCCGAGGCUGAAUCGUUGUGCAACAAUUGGCGUGGCUGGAAGAAGCCAACCAAUGGCACCACCGGCCCCGGUCUGGGCAAUGGUAAUGGCAAUGGCUUAGGUCCACUUGCGGCCAACAGCAAUAGCAAUGCAGGGGGCGCAUUCGGUGUGGCAGGAUGUAGUGCACCUGGCACUGGCAGCAACGGUGGCAUCUCCAGCUCUGCCUCCAUGGCGGGCGGUGUUCAGUGUGGACGCCAAUUUGAUGUCUCCUCGCUGACCGAGCUUGCAGCACGCUGUGUUGCCUCGUAUAUACCAUUCGAGCUGGUCGAGCAUGUCUAUCCACCCGUGCCGGAGCAGCUGCAGCUGCGCAUUGCAUUCUGGAGCUUCCCGGACAACGAGGAGGACAUACGAUUGUACUCGUGUCUGGCCAACAGUUCGGCGGAGGAGUUCCAUCGUGGCGAUCAGCUGUUUCGCAUGCGCGCCGUUAAGGAUCCGCUACAGAUAGGUUUUCAUCUGUCUGCCAGCGUUGUGAGCCAAACGCCGCGCACCUUCUUCAAUGUGGCCGUCACAUUCGAUCGCCGGCGGAUCUCCUCGUGCAACUGCACCUGCACCUCCUCGGCGUACUGGUGCUCCCAUGUGGUGGCCGUUUGCCUGCACCGCAUCCAUUGUCCCCUGGAGGUGUGCUUGCGUGCACCUGUGUCCGAGUCGCUGACUCGCCUGCAGCGCGAUCAAUUGCAAAAGUUCGCCCAGUAUCUGAUCAGUGAGUUGCCGCAGCAGAUAUUGCCCACAGCGCAGCGUCUGCUCGACGAGCUGCUCAGCGCCCAGCCCACGGCAAUCAAUACAGUGUGCGGUGCACCAGAUCCCACGGCGGGCGCCUCAAUAAAUGAUCAGACCAGCUGGUAUCUAGACGAGAAGACGCUCCACAACAAUAUCAAGCGAAUACUCAUCAAAUUCAUAUUGCCGGCGCCAAUUGUUUUCAGCGAUGUCAACUACUUGACCAAUUCGGCACCACCGGCGGCCGCUGAAUGGAGCUCGCUGCUGCGUCCGUUGCGUGGACGCGAGCCGGAGGGCAUGUGGAAUCUCUUGUCCAUAGUGCGCGAGAUGUAUAGACGCUGCGAUCGGAAUGCCGUGCGUCUGCUGGAGAUCAUAACGGAGGAGUGCAUGGCCUGCGAUCAGAUGCUAAUAUGGUGGUUCCAGACCAAGCUGGCGCUCAUGAUGGGCUCCCAUGGCCACAGCGGUGGCAAGCACUCCAACACGCACUCCAACUCCACAGCACUGCAGCACGCGUGCAGCUCGCUCUGCGAUGAAAUUGUCGCCCUGUGGCGUCUGGCUGCACUGAAUCCGGGACUGGCGCCCGACGAGCGCGACAUGCUGCACGCCCAGUUCACGGCCUGGCAUCUGAAGAUACUCGAUCGUGUGGUGAAGAGUCGCAUGAUGCCGCCAUCGUACACGAACAAACACCAGCAGAACUCCAGAUCCGAAACGGAGCUCUUCAUUGGCUUCAAGCCGGCCAUUGAGGCAUGCUAUUUGGACUGGGAGGACUAUCCGAUAGCGGGCGUCACCCACACCCACGACACCAAUCCCAUUUACUAUUCACCGUUCACAUGCUUCAAGCACACGGAUGCCAAGGGCGAUGCCUGCGGCACCAGCACCACCAGCCAGCUGAACGCCACCCAGGCGCUGAUGAGCAACAACAAGCACUACAAUUACUUUAGCACCUCCAACGAUCAUGGCAUGCAUGCGGGCGCCUUCAAGCAGCGUGCGGAGCGCAGCGCGUAUCGUGAACGCUUCGAUGCCAGCGCUGCUGAGCUGUUCGGCUCGCCUAAUGAGCCGCCGUCCAUAAACGAUGUCCUGAUGCUGGCCCAAGUGAAUGCCGCCUGCAGCAUGGGCGUCGAUCGUGAUGCCAUUGGACUGGGCGCCGGCUCACAGCAGCAGCAGCAGCAGCAACAACAACAACAGCAGCAGCAACAACAACAGCAGCAACAACAGCAACAGCAACAUCAGCUCGCAGGCGCCGUUGGGACAUCCAAGUCGAAUGCGUCGGGCUCUGGGGCAGGUGGCGUUGGCGUUGGCGGUGGCGGUGGUGGCGAUGGCAAUCGUUCGAGUGCCAGCAGCGAGGGAUUCUGUGAGAACGAAGAUUUCGGUGGCGAUAACAGCAGCAGUCUGAACUAUUGCACGGAACGUGCGACGACCGGCGUGUCCGGGCAGAAAUCGCUAACCGAGUCGGAUUCGCAAAGCAGCUUCGAUGCCGUCUCGCAGCAGAGCAAGGAUUUGCCCAUGUCUGUUGCUGCGGGCGUGGCAGGCGCYGGCAAUGUUGUUGUUGUGGGGCCGGGCACACCCGACUAUAGACAGCAGGCGGGCGGCUCCACGUCGGACACCUCGUCGGCAUCGUCGGCUUCGUCAUCGGCAUCCACGGGAUCGGGCAGCAGCAACAGCUCCAGCUCAUCCAUGCUGAAAACAGCUGCAACGGCUCAGCAGCAACAGCAGCAGCAGCAGCAGGUGUCACGACGCCUGUCCAAGGAUGAAUCAUUUAGCAGCAGCAGCGAUGAGUUCAUCCCAGUUGUGGGUGCGCCCAUUGCAGCGGCAGGAGCAGCAUCGGCAGCUGCAGCUGGCGGUGAUUUGACGCCAGUGCCCAGCACUUCAGCCGCAGCACGCGCUGCAUUGGCAGCAGCAACAAUUGCACAGCAAACAACAGCAACACCAACAGCUGCUGCUGCUGGCUCUGGUGCUGCUGCUGGAACCACGGCAGCAGCCAUGGAGCAGCCCUGCUGCAGCAACAGCAACAGCAACGCCGGCGCCGGCGCCAGCAGCAGCAGUGGAACACGCGGCGCCAUGGCUGGCGAUAAUAAGCAGCCGCACAUCUUCUCGAAUGUACGCCCCUCGGAGGACGCGUGGGACAUAUUGUUGGCUCGGGCGGAGGGCUUGCACGCCCAUGGGCAUGGUCGUGAGGCGUGCAUCUUGGCCGUGCGCCUGGCCGAACAGAUGCUGGCCAAUCCGCCCAAUCUGCUGAUGGAGCUGCCGCCGGCGCCCAAGCGCAAGGGCAAGAAACAGAACGUGAAUCCCAUAUCGCAUCAGUUGACAGUGGUGGCCUCGUCGACGCUCUCCAAGUGCGCCUUCCUGUGCACGGUGCUCUCCGAGAACUCGGAGCACUAUCACAUCGGCUUUCGCAUCUGUUUGUUUGCCCUGGAGAUGCCCCGACCGCCGGCCAGCACCAAGCCGCUCGAGGUGAAGCUGGCCAACCAGGAGGCGGACAUAUUGGCGCUGCUGAAGCGCCUGCCCCUGGGCGCGGCCGAGCUGCAGGUGAUCCGCGAACGGGCCGAGCAGCUGCGCAGCGGCACCUUCAAGUCGCGCGGCGAGGCCCUGCUGCCCAUCAACCUGGCCACGUUCAUCUUUGAUGCACUGGUCACGCCCGGCGCGCCCAAACUGCCAAUCGGUUACGGCGUGUCCAGCGACCCGACGCGGCGCCCCAGCACGUCGACAACGCUGUACAAGCUGAGCGAGGAGAACAUGGGCUUCGAAGCCGCCGUGGCAGCAUUGGGCCUGAAGGCCAACGUCUCCGAGGCAGAGCAUCCGCUGCUCUGCGAGGGCACGCGACGGCAGCGCGGCGAUUUGGCGCUGACGCUGCUCUACCACUACAAGGAUGAGCCGCGCAAGAUAGCCAAGAUCAUGGAGAAGCUGCUGGACCGGGACAUACACACGCUGCUGAAGACGCCGCUGCUGCCCUCCUACUACUCCAACCAUCCGCCGGUGCGCACGCCCAGCCAGCAGCCGAUGCGGCGGGAUCACGAUCACGACUAUGGCGGUGGUGGCAAUGGCGGUGGCGGUGGCGGUGGUGCGGCCGCUGCUGCUGCCUUCAACCUGUGCGAGCUGCUGCCCAACGACUAUGGCAGUGUGGGCGGCAACAGUCGGCCCCACAGCUCGACCAGCGCCGAGCUGGAGCUGAGCAUGUGCGCCCUGAGCAUGGCCAGCAGCAGCAAUCAGUCGUGCAGCAGCAACAACAACGGCCAGGGACAGGGACAGGGUCAGGGUCUGGUGGCCUGCCAGAGCGGCGGCAAUGGCGGUGGCAGCGCCAGCAAUCCAGCUGGCGGAGCAGGUGCAGCUGCUGGAGCUGCUGCAGUUGGCCAGAACAAUGGCAAUGGCAGCGGUAACGGCAAUGGCAACGGCAACUCGGCCAGCGGCAGCAACAGCAAUCCGAACAAUGCGAGCAGCAGCAGCCGGAGCAAGGAGAGCCGCUACAAGGGCAAGCGCGCCUAUCCCUCGAUACCGAAUCAGCCGUCGGAGGCGAGCGCCCACUUCAUGUUCGAGCUGGCCAAGAAUGUGCUGACCAAGGCCGGCGGCAACAGCUCAACGUCGCUGUUCACCCAGGCCAGCACCAGCCAGAAUCACCAUGGACCGCACCGGGCGCUGCACAUGUGCGCCUUCCAGCUGGGCCUCUAUGCGCUCGGCCUGCACAAUUGCGUCAGUCCGAAUUGGCUGUCGCGCACGUACUCGUCGCACGUGUCCUGGAUACUGGGCCAGGCCAUGGAGAUUGGUGCGCCGGCGAUUAGUUUUCUGAUUGACACAUGGGAGGCGCAUCUGACGCCGCCGGAGGCAGCCGGCAUGGCGGAUCGUGCGUCGCGCGGCUGGGACAACAACAUGGUCUAUCCGGCCGCCGAGCUGGCCCUCUCCGUGCUGCCCCAUGCGGCCGCCCUCAAUCCCAAUGAGAUACAGCGCGCGAUACUGCAGUGCAAGGAGCAGAGCGAUCUGAUGCUGGAGCGUGCCUGCCUCACCGUCGAGACGGCGGCCAAGGGCGGCGGCGUCUACCCGGAGGUGCUCUUCCAGGUGGCGCGCUACUGGUACGAGCUCUACACGCGCAACUCGCCCAACAACAGUGGCGGGGAUCACGAGCAGCACGAGGAUCAGCUGGAGCACUCGGCGGUCAAUCUGAGCGCGCUCAUCGAGUCGCAGCAGCAGCACGAGCUGCAGCAGCAGCAGCAACAGUUGCAGCAGCAGCAGCAACAACAACAGCAGCAGCAACAACAGCAGCAGCAGCAGCUUAUGAACGCCGCUGCUGGUGGAGCCGGUGGCCCGUUGGCGGGUCCGCCUGUGGUUAAUGCGGCGCCGCAGCAAUUCCAGCCGAACGUGGCCGCCUUGACGCCCAUCAAUCUGGCGCCGUACGGGCCGUACACGUUCUGCCAGAGCAUCUAUGCGCAUCAUCACAAUCUCAGCUAUCCGCCCGGCCAGAUGCAGAUGUACAUUUCGGCUGGUCCGCCACCGCCGCCGCAGCCGCUCUAUGCGAGCUACUCGCAGCAGCAGCAGCAGCCGCCGCCGCCGCAGGGCGCACAGCAGCAACAGCAACAGCAGCAGCAGCAUGUGCAGCAGCAACAACAGCAGCAGCAACAGUCGUUGGUGGCGACGUCGGGUGUGGUGCAUGCAGCACCGCCCGGUCACCAGCCACCGCCAGCGUUCCAGGCGCCACCACCGGGCGCCUUUCAGCCAAUGCCGCCGCAGGCAUACCAAGCACUGCAGGGAGGUCCGCCCGGACCGCCCAUGGGUCCAAUGGCGCCCACCUAUUACGGGCCACCGCCGCCGCCGCCACCAAACGGCCCGCCUGGCGCCGGUGUUGGCGUACCCAUGCGCCAGCAUCCUGCCCAGCAUCCAGCACAGCAUCCGGCAGGGCAUCCAGCACAGCAUCCAUCACAGCAUCCCGUGUAUCCGUUCAUGCAGCAACAGCCGCCACCACCGCCGCCGCAGCAUCAGCAGCAGCAGCCGCCGCCGCCAACACAGCCGCCAGUGCGUCAGCGUCAACAGCAUCAGUUCACAUCCACGCAGCUGCGCUACCUGCUGGCCGCCUACAAUGUGGGCAUGCUGGCCAUGGAGACACUGGCGCGACGCGUCCACGACGACCGGCCGCAGGCAAAGUAUGCAAGGAAUCCGCCGUACGGCGAGGACGUGAAGUGGCUGCUGCGCAUCAGCAAGAAGCUGGGCACGCAGUAUCUGCAUCAGUUCUGCGUCUGUGCGGUCAACUCGAUCGUGAGUCCCUUUGUGCUGCACGACGUGGCCAUCGAGUCGGCCCAUUAUCUGGGCCGGAAUAAUCAUCAGUUGGUCAUGCAGCAUCUGCGCUCGGCCCUGACGCCCCUCGUGCAGAAAUGCCAGCAAAUGUACAUCCAGUGCAUCCACCAGAAGCUGUAUCAUCUCACCCAAGGCGACUACGAGGAGUUUGCCAGCAUUGUGGUUGCCGCGCGUGCGGCCUUCCAGAUAACCCCCGAGGGCAAUGCCCAGUUCAAGGAUUGGCUGCAGUCGAUCAAGCGAUCGAAGUCGUGCAAGAAGGAGCUGUGGACACAGAUCAAUGCGGCGCUACAAAGCAAUUCCAAAUGACAAAGACUUGACUCCUGCAAUCUGAUGACGGCAACGGUUGCGGCUGCAGCGGCUGCUGCUGCUGCUGCUGUUGCGACAACAGCAACAACAAUUGCCAGCAGCGGCAGCAGCAGCAGCGACACAGUGCUGGCCUCGUCGCCGCCAAUGUCGCUGGUGAAGGCAACGGCCGCUGGCAGCUCAGGCAGCAGCAAUAUUAUCAACAGCAGCGUCGGCCACAUCGCCAGCAGUGCUGGCAGCAUCAGCAGCCACGGGCACGGCCACGGCCACAGCCACAGCC